AUGAGAUUGAAUCACCUCGUCCUCAUUGCCGCUGUGAUCGGAUCCACAGCGGCGUCACCAGUCAAGGAUGCAAAGCGAAACUCUGCAUUCCAAUGGUUCGGAUCCAAUGAAUCAGGUGCUGAAUUUGGGACUAGUUACCCCGGAGUUUGGGGAAAGGACUUUAUCUUUCCAGAUACAAGUACCAUCCAGACAUUGAUCAACGAUGGCAUGAACAUCUUCCGAGUUCAGUUCAUGAUGGAAAGAAUGGCUCCUAAUGGCAUUACGGGAUCAUUCGAUGCGGCUUAUUUGAAGAACUUUACUACUGUUGUGGACUAUAUCACCAAUGCAGGUGCUCAUGCUAUCAUCGACCCACACAACUAUGGCCGAUACGAUGGAGCAAUCAUCACGAGCACAUCCAACUUUCAAACUUUCUGGCAAAACCUCGCUAGCCAGUUCAAGUCGAACAACCUUGUUAUCUUCGACACGAACAAUGAGUACAACAAUAUGGACCAAACUCUCGUCUUGAACCUCAACCAAGCCGCCAUCAAUGGCAUCCGGGCCGCAGGCGCCACGUCACAAUACAUCUUUGUCGAAGGCAACUCAUGGUCGGGCGCCUGGACCUGGACUACCGUCAACGACAAUAUGAAAGAGCUUACCGACCCGCAAGACAAGAUCGUCUACGAGAUGCACCAAUAUCUUGACUCGGACGGAUCUGGCACUAGUGCGACAUGCGUGUCAUCCACGAUCGGCGUGGAACGCAUCACAUCCGCUACUCAGUGGCUCAUUGCCAAUGGCAAGAAGGGCUUUUUGGGUGAAUUUGCGGGUGGUGUCAAUAGUGAUUGUCAAGCUGCGAUCUCGGGCAUGUUGAGCUACAUGGCGCAGAACUCGAAUGUCUGGACCGGGGCUUCGUGGUGGGCAGCCGGGCCGUGGUGGGGUAAUUACAUCUACAGCAUGGAGCCACCCAGCGGUGUAGCGUACACGGGGAUGCUGUCUAUUUUGAAGCCUUAUUUUAAUUAG